AUGGCGGACAAUCAAAACAAAAUGGAUCUCCACAAAGCAGUUCAUGCAGGCAAUGUCGAAGUGGCUCAAAAAAUUCUUCAAAGUUGUCCCUCUUUAGUCGAAGAAUGGAAUUUCGAGUUGAGGACGCCUCUGCACGUUGUCUAUGACAACGUCUACUAUUACAAUCUCGCCCAAGCUGACAACAGACUGCCCAUGAUAAAACUGUUCAUCGACCAUGGGGCGGAUUUGAACGCACAAGGGCCCUUCUAUGAAACGAUACUGCACAUUGCGGUCGCAAAACAGCAGACAAACGGAGUCAAGCUUCUCCUGGAGAGUGGGGCCGAUCCCAACAUCAUGGAUCGGCGUAACAGAACCGCACUGCAUCACGCGGCGCGGACAAACCUUGUUGGGAUCGCAGAACUGCUGUUGGGCCACAAAGCCGACCCCACCUUGGCUGAUCAGUACGAUGAGACGCCGUUAGAUGUUGCCGUUGCAAAAGUACAUUUUGAUUGUACGAAGAGGCUCAUUGAAUCUGGCGGAAAGUGUAAAAACAUCUACAAUAGCCUACUGAAAGCAUGUUUCACCUCUUUGGCGUCGAGGAGCCCGCAGAAUAAGCAAUUCAUUGAGUACGUGCUGAGUGUUUUUUUUAAUGAUGGAAUGGCUGACACGAAUCUCCAUCAAGUCGUUAGUAGCGGGAAUAACACGCAAAUCGAAGCUUUACUGAAAAAAGGAGAAAACAUUGACGUCAGGAAUAGAUACGGUGAGACGCCAUUACACUCGGUUUUAAGGUUACGAAGAUUGGAUGAAAAGUUCGACGAGAUUUCUGGGCUACUAGCCAAGUAUGGAUCGAAUCAUCGUGCACAGAACGAUUUUAACGAAACAUCGUUUUUUAUGGCUGCAAAAAUUUACGAUUUGAACACAGUGAAUCUGAUGUUGGCCAAAGCGACAGGAUUCAAAGCGACAACGUUAGACUACACGGUCGCAGGAGCGAUGCCUUGGAUACACAUGCCCUGCAAUGGUAACGAAAGUAAGCUGCAUGAUUUAAUCGUAUCUAUAGCUUUGGGUUACGAGCACGUGGUUGAUCGUUUACUCGACAUGGAUUACAUGGAUGAUGUGAGAAAAAACUAUCCCCAAGACGUCAACAAAGCGCUUUUGACAGCCAUCGAGUCCAGCAAGUACAAAAUCGUCAAAAUGCUCCUCGAGGCUGGGUUUCGAGCUGACAGUCGGUUCAGCGCAAGCAUAUCUCGUUUUUCCAUCGACGAAUGUACUAGUAGUGACAUCAAAGUGGCGUGCUUGUUGUGGGAGUUUAACGACAGCGCAACUGUAGUUCGAGCAAUGAUGGACGCGUUUAAUGACUUGAUCCAAAGGAAUUUACACAUAAGCGACUUUACACGCCUGUUGAUUUUUUACUAUACAAUUGACUUGCGUAUGAACAAAUCACACACGGUCUUACUUCCGGUGAAGACACUCUCUGUGAACGAUAGAAAAAUAUCGCUGGUUCUCAACGAUUGUAACAGGACGCUCGAUAGAUUGAAGCAAGUCAAAGUUGGCAACAUGUCCAUCUUCGACGUGAUGACUACACCGUUGGAAUUGCUUGUGCAAUCGGUGAAUAAUAAUGACAAUAAAUUCCAUUUUCUCUCAAGGUUUUAUUCGUCGCUUGAGAAGGGAAACAAACUCAGGUAUUUUGAUUAUGCCAUAAAAACACGGAUCGAGCUCGUGAUAGAGCAGAGAAAGUUGUUUCAUCCCGUAAAAAAUUGUCUGGAGGAAGCUCUUGGUGGUAUCCUUGCACAAAUUAAUUACAAAAAUCUACCAGAUCAUAUUGUUAAGUCUAGUGGUAAGAGUACAUUUCCACUUGACUAG